AUGGCUGCAACCUUUGCUUCCAGAUGUUCUCGUGUGGGUCGUUCUCUGUUCGGUGGAUUAAGCAACAGUUCCCCUGGUCUAUUUACCACGUCACAUGAGAUGACAUGCAACAAUUAUUUUUCUCAGCAACAGCGGACCUUCAUACAGAUGAGGACUGUUCUGAAGGUUGUGGACAACUCUGGGGCUAAAAAGGUGAUGUGCAUACACGCGUUGAAAGGGAAGAAAGGAGCGAGAUUAGGUGAUAUGAUAAAAGCAUCAGUGAAGGAAGCACAUCCUAAUGGAAAAGUGAAGAAGGGAUCAACUGUAUUUGCCGUAGUUGUUCGUGCAGCAAUGCCCAAAGGGAGGUGUGAUGGCAGUGAGGUCAAGUUUGACGACAAUGCUGUCGUGCUUGUUGACAAACAAGGGCAGCCUAUUGGGACCAGAGUUUUCGGACCAGUUCCUCACGAGUUGAGGCGGAAGAAGCAUGUCAAGAUCCUUACCUUAGCCGGGCAUAUUGCAUAG